CCCGCCAGCCCGCAGGGCCGCCCCUUAGCUUGGGAGAGCCGGCCGGCGCGGCGGGGGCAUGGGUCGGGCGGCGUGGGGGCUGUUGUGGCUGCUGCUGGGCAGCGCCGGGGCGCAGUACGAAAAGUACAGCUUCCGGGGCUUCCCGCCGGAGGACCUGAUGCCACUGGCCGCGGCCUACGGGCACGCGCUGGAGCUGUACGAGGGUGAGAGCUGGCGCGAGAGCGCACGCUACCUCGAGGCGGCGCUGCGGCUGCACCGUCUGCUGCGCGACAGCGAGGCCUUCUGCCACGCCAACUGCAGCGGCCCCGCGCCGCCCGCCGCGUCCUCCCCCGGGUCCGCGUCGGGCCCCGACGGCGGCCUCGGCGACGAGUGGGCCCGCGAGCUGUGGUUCUUCGGCCACGUCCUAGAGCGCGCUGCCUGCCUGCGGCGCUGCAAGCGCUCGCUGCCCGCCUUCCAGGUGCCCUACCCGCCGCGUCAGCUGCUGCGCGACUUCCAGAGUCGCCUGCCCUACCAGUACCUGCACUAUGCGCUGUUCAAGGCUAAUCGGCUGGAAAAGGCGGUGGCCGCAGCCUACACCUUCCUCCAGAGGAACCCGAAGCAAGAGCUGACCGCCAAGUAUCUCAGCUACUACCGGGGGAUGCUGGACGUCGCCGACGAGUCCCUCACGGACCUAGAGGCCCAGCCCUACGAGGCUGUGUUCCUCCGGGCUGUCAAGCUCUACAACAGCGGGGAUUUCCGAAGCAGCACUGAGGACAUGGAGCGGGCCCUAGCCGAAUACUUGGCCGUCUUUGCCCGGUGUCUGGCCGGCUGUGAAGGGGCCCAAGAGCAGGUGGACUUCAAGGACUUCUACCCAGCCAUAGCAGACAGUGGGGAGGAAGGGCCCAACGUGGGUGGCUACUUCGUGGACAAGUUUGUGGCCACCAUGUACCACUACCUACAGUUUGCCUACUACAAAUUGAAUGAUGUGCGCCAGGCUGCCCGCAGUGCUGCCAGCUACAUGCUCUUUGACCCCGAGGACAGCGUCAUGCAGCAGAACCUGGUGUAUUACCGCUUCCACCGUGCUCGCUGGGGACUAGAAGAGGAGGAUUUCCAGCCCCGGGAGGAGGCCACACUCUACCACAAUCAGACCUCUGAGCUACGGGAACUGCUGGAGUUCACUCGCAUGUACCUGCAAUCAGACGAUGAGAUGGAGCUGGAGGAAACAGAGCUGCCCACACGGCCUGAGGAUGCGCCAUCCGACACAGAGUUUGAGGGAGAAGGUGACUAUGAAGAGGGCUUCUAUGCUGACUGGUGGCAGGAGCUGGAUGCCAAGGGUGACGAAGCUGAAGCUGAGCCAGAGCCUGAACUACCAUGAGAUGGGGCACCCCACACCCCUCAGACGCUUGGGAACACUGGGCACAAUGGCACCACGCCCACCAGCCUGGGCAGCAACAGGAACUAUUUAUUAAAACUUUAAAUGGAUGGACAUAGCCGACUGGGCCCUCAUCCUGCCCCACCCAUGAGCAGUGCUCCAUCCUGUCUCUUGUAUGUCUCUGGACCACAGAGUGGCUGGUGGGCUAAUGGGAGGGGUCUAUCCUCCUCCCUGCUGCUCCCCCCACCUGGAGAAGGAGGUUCCAGCUCCUGGCUUGAGUCUCAAACUGAAUUGCAGAGGGUCAGCCAAGAUUGUAAAGAGCACUGGACCAGGAGUCCAGCAGUUCCAGCACCCUGACAGCAGGUGCUUA